AAUGAAUAAAGAUAAUAAUACAGCUGAUCUCAGAUGUAGCUUUCUGCUUUUAGUUGUCAACCUGUCAGCUGUUCAAAAACAACACUUGGAUAAAGAGAUUUUGUUGCAGUUUGUACGGAUUUUUAGUUUAUUUUAAGACCAAAAAUGUUGGAAGUUACGUGCAACGACAGAUUGGGGAAAAAGGUACGAGUUAAAUGCAACCCCGACGACACAAUUGAAGAUCUGAAAAAGCUCAUAGCAGCCCAGACAGGGACAAGAUGGGAGAAGAUUGUCCUGAAGAAGUGGUACACAAUUUUCAAGGAUCACAUACAACUGCAAGAUUAUGAAAUCCACGACGGCAUGAACAUCGAAUUGUAUUAUCAGUGAGCAAGCUGAAGACUUUUAUUAACAAUAUUGUGACAUUACACCAAGACAUGCUGUAUAAUAGAAAUCAGUUUGAUUGUGGGAAACUCAGUGCUACAGAAUGUUUUAUUUGAAACAAUUUCCAUCUCCCCGAAUCACUGAAUUCUUCUGUGAAUAAUUUAAGAUAGAUUAUUAAGAUGCUAAUCUAUCUUUAUUACAACAAUAAUGCAAUUGAUUCUCUUAAAAUGACGUGGUGGUUUUGAUAGUUAUACUGUAUCUUAAUUUUAACAAUCUUGAGCAAUGUUGAAGAUUUAUCUCUAUUUAAUUCUAUUGAUGCAUUCAAUUCUGGUUUGACAUUUCAAAAGUGAUUUGAAAUUAGUCUAUUUUGUAGAAUGUGAUCAAACCUAUAUACUGUAUUUCCUUUUAAUUUAUA